AUUAUUGUGAACUUUUACAUAUAAGACUGUGGUCAUGAGAUGUUACAAAAAAAAAGAAGAAAAAUACUGAGGUUAAGUGUAAAAAAACUAACCUAAUAGCAAGUAACCGUCUUUUUACUUUCCUAAUCGGUUAUUGAGAAAAAAAUAAUAUAAAUAAUAAAAUGUCUGGAUUCAAAUUUGCCGUAGUAUUAAACUUGUCAAACUUUUUCAGUGAUCAUAGACACAGAGCUAGAAUUUGCGUUAAUGAUAAUAUUAAAACAGUUGGAGAUUUGCAAGAUAAAAUAACAAAUGUAUUUAGCAUAGAAAAUUUCAUUUUAACAAGUCGCAAUGAAUAUUUACCACAUACUGAAGAUAUUAAUAUACUUCAAAGCGAUGAUAUUAUCUGGGUGAUUCCAUCAGAUGUUUCACACCCAAACGUAGAUAAUGUAUCUAAUACUCCAAUGCAUAUUUCAAAAAAAUUAGUGAGAAAAAGAAAAUCGAUUAAUUUGAAUAAUUCUGAAGAUAUAAGCUUUACUAAAAAUCAAGAUGAACUGAAAAUAAAGAAAAGGAAAAAAAAACAUAAUAUAGAAAAUGAAGGUGAAAAGGUCAUUGAAAAAGUUAAAAAACAUGAAAAGAAACAUAAAGACUCUAAAGAUAAAUGUCCUGAAAAAUCUGAAAUUGUACCAAAAGUUUUUGAUUGUCCAGUAAAAACUGAUUCUUCCGUGAAAAGUACAUCUCUUCCAAUUGGAAGUAAAUAUGUAGACCUAAAUCCAUCUGUUAAUGUAGCCACGUCUUUACCUCAAAGCAUACCUUGUAAAAAAGCGACCUUGGUAGCACCCAACACAGAUAAAUACCUGAAGAAAAAUAAAAUAAAUAUUGUAAAGAUAGAUUAUAUCAGAAGACCUACCUCAGAGUUACAACAAAUUGAAAAUGAGGCUCCAUCAGAAGCAACUACCACACUAAUGGAUGUAGCGAAUGGAGCUUCUCUAUUGGAUAAGGAAUCAGUCACUUCAUCCAUUCCUGAAAUAUCUGUAUCCAACAAUGAAAAUUCAUCCAAACCUGAAGUGUUAGAUUUGUUACCAAAUCAAAAACCUAAAACAAAAUAUUUUUUUAUAGAUACCCCCUCUGAAAAAAAUCGAGUUAAAUCAAAACCUAAUAAAAAAAGAGGAAACUUCUUCAUAAAAGAAGGUCUCUUUUCACCUAUAACUGAUAAAAAUAAUACUGAAAGUAAUGCAGUCGACGUAAAAACUUGUGAUUUAGAGCAAGUUGAUGUUGAUAAGAGUGAAACAAUGCAAGAAACUAACACUAUUAGUCCUUCACAAACACCUAUUGAUUAUUCAAGUACAUCUUUGAAAGUGUCUGGAACUAAACCCGUAGAGAGUGAAGAAGCUGGUUCUCCAAUAAAUAAAAGCAAUGACUAUUCAUAUGAUCAUGGAAAUAUAGAUGAAACCAAAGUUUGUGAUGUUAAAAAUGAUAUCGAGAAUAAGACUGACGAAAGAAAUGAAAUUAACCCUAGUAGAAAUACGGAACUAUUAAGUGAUACGUCCAAAUCCGUUUUACAGGACUCUUGUUACAUAGAUAAAAUUUCUCCAUGCGAUGUUACUCUUCCAGAUAAUAGUGUGAUCAAUUACAGCACUUCUCCAUCAAUUUCUGGGAUAGUGCCUUUCAGUUUUACCAGCUCUAGUAAGAAAUAUGUUUCUGGAGUUGGUCAUUUACUAACUAAACUUAGAGAAUCUGAGUCGAAGAGUAUUGUAGAUACAACAGACAACGGUGACACAAGUGAGUUUGUCACUAAAAGAAGACAUCGCACACGCAAAAGACAGAAAAAAUCUAAAAAUAAUGAUAUGGUAGACAAACCGAUUACUCCCCAACCAUCACCUCAACUGGCAGGCUCAAUAAAAUCAUUAGCAGCUCCUAAAAUGCAUAUAAAAUUUUCAGAUGACGAUAAUCAAGAUCAGAGCCAAGAUAUUUGUCAUGAAAAUAGUUCUCCUGUAAUGGAACAAAAUGGUAAUGGAAUUUACAGUGAAACGUCUAAUAGUUAUCACAAAAAUGAUAGAGAAGAAAUUUGUGCAGUUUAUAUAGGAAGUAAAUCCAAGGAAAGUUCAGAAGAAGACAUUCAAAAAGCACCAUUAAUGUACCAAAUUUCUCCCAAAAUAGGAAACGUUAUUUCAUUUAAGGUACUUAAAAUAUCUGAAGAUUUCACACCUGAAAUAUCACCUUACAUAGUAGGAAAGGUACAGCAAUAUUUUCCCGAAAUUAAACGUGUUACUUUUAAAAUUAUAUCUGGAAUAGAACAGUUUAAAAUACCGAAAGGCAAAUUCUCAUUAGAUGAGGAAGGUGAUCUGGAUAGUUUAUCCGAUACAAAAGAACUUCUAUGGUCUGAGCUCUUAGAACCAAGACUCUUGCAUCCUUCAGCAUAAUACUUCAAAAUAUAUGUUUAAAUUAUUAUAUACUUAUUGUGAAUGUAAUUGUUGAGUAAUUGAAUUUUUUUAAGUGAA